AUGGCAACCAGAUCAGGGCUUCUUCUCCUGGCUCUUGUAUUUACACCCACUUGGAGCGAGCAGACCCCAACAUGUCUCUCUCCAACCAGUACCGGUGGACCUCCCAAUAAAGACGCCUGCUGUCUAGGAACCGGCCGACAAGAGGAGUCCGUCGAUGGAGUUAUCUACGAAUAUGUCUGCAACCACUACGCCACAAAUACCAAUGUGAUGUACUACGAAGUCUUGAAUGCUUAUGAGUGUGCCAAGAAGUGCUCCGAGACGGGCUCAUGUCAUGCCGCCUCAUGGAAGCCAAAGACUAGUAGCAGUCCGACAGGGGGCAGGUGUUUCUUAUCUACGGCAGGGUUCGUGGAGAAGCCUGAUCGACAUGGAGAGUGGUUGCUUCUGGUCCGAACAGAUCGAACGGCGCUAGUCCCCGGUGGCUCUCCCAGCCCCCAUCCUCAGCCGGAUUGCCAGGCUGAGGUGGAUGAAGCGUGGGCAGAGUGCCUGGAAGUUACUGAUGAGGACUGCGAAAUGAGGACAACAUCCAUGCAGCAGCUGCUGCAUGCGAAAGAUGCGGACAUUGUGAAUUGCGGUCGCGGGGAGAACCCGGCCAUUUAUAUAAGCAGGAGCCGCAAACCCUAUAGGGCCUGGUGUAGGAGAGCACUUGCCCAAGUAGUCAAUACAGGUGGGAUUCAUCUGGGCAGGACGAAGGGGCUCCAUGAAUGCCUAGGUUUAUGUGAUAGGCACAGUAGCUGCAAAGCACUCACCUACUGGAUACACAAAGGACGGUGCGAUGGCCUCUCUACUAACCCUGUACCGACCCUUGAACGAACCAUGGCCAUAACCCUAACCCGCGUGUGA